AUGGAUUAUCAAACAUCAAGUCCCCUCUACGACAUUGAUUAUGGGAUGUCAGAGCCCUGCCAAAAAGUCAAUGUGAGACAAACUGCAGCCCAGCUCCUGCCCCUGCUCUACUCGCUAGUGUUCAUCUUUGGUUUUGUGGGGAACAUUCUGGUCGUCCUCAUCCUGAUCAACUGCAAAAAGCUGAAGAGCAUGACUGACAUCUACCUGCUCAACUUGGCCAUCUCUGACCUGCUUUUCAUCCUCACCAUCCCAUUCUGGGCUCACUAUGCUGCAGACCAGUGGGUCUUUGGGACUAUAGUGUGCCAGUUUUUCACAGGCUUCUAUUUCAUUGGCUUUUUCUCUGGAAUCUUCUUCAUCAUCCUCUUGACAAUUGAUAGGUACCUGGCUAUCGUCCAUGCUGUGUUUGCUUUGAAAGCCAGGACAGUCACCUUUGGGGUGGUGACAAGCGGGGUCACCUGGGUGGUGGCUGUGUUCGCCUCUCUCCCAGGAAUCAUCUUUACCAAAUCCCAAAAAGAGGGUUCUCGUUAUACAUGCAGCCCUCAUUUUCCAUCCAGUCAGUAUCAUUUCUGGAAAAAUUUCCAAACUUUAAAGACAGUCAUCUUGGGCCUGGUGCUGCCACUGCUUGUCAUGAUCGUCUGCUACUCGGGAAUCCUAAAAACCCUGCUUCGGUGUCGCAACGAGAAGAAGAGGCACAAGGCCGUGAGGCUCAUCUUUGCCAUCAUGAUUGUCUACUUUCUCUUCUGGGCUCCCUACAACAUCGUCCUUCUUCUGAGCACCUUCCAGGAAUCCUUUGGUCUGAAUAACUGCAGUGACUCUAAUAGGCUGGACCAAGCCAUGCAGGUGACAGAGACCCUGGGGAUGACACACUGCUGCAUCAACCCCAUCAUCUACGCCUUCGUCGGGGAGAAGUUCCGAAGCUAUCUCUUACAGUUCUUCCGAAAGCACGUUGCCAGACGCUUCUGCAAAGGCUGUCCAGUCUUCCAGGGAGACGCUCCAGAGCGAACGACCUCCGUUUAUACAAGAUCCACGGGGGAGCAGGAAAUCUCUGUUGGCUUGUGA